AUGCAUUUACGCAUACCACCAGGUGGUAAUGUGCGUAACGAAACAGCAACAACAAGUAAACGUCCUUCUCAGAGUGUAGUGCAAGUAGAUGCGAACGGUAGAAGAUAUCUCAUAGCGUAUCCCGCAUCAGAUAAGCCGGAAACUAAGCCGGAUAUCCUAAACCCUAAAUCUGAAAGUGAGCCGCCGCGAGUGGUUCUGGAGUCUAAUGACAAUAAGACUUACACAAUCAAGGAAGCUGCUCCCGAAGAUGAUAUGAUGCCGCAGAGA